UACAGAGAAAAUGAAAUUAUUUGCCUGAAAAUCACGUUAAAAGCUUUACAAAUUUAAAUAUUGGAUAUUUUAUUAUUAUUUUGACAUAAUGUUUUUAUGCAGAUUGUUUUUACUGUGUCUGAUACUUUCAGUUUGUUUUUCAAAAGAAACCUCACGGAAACAAAGACCUGAGCGAGUAAGAUCUAAAACUAGUAAAAGAUUUAAUAUGCCGAUGGGAAUGCCUAGUGGAUCCGGCGGGGGUUUUGGAGGAUCAAUGGGCAUGCCUAGUGGACCUGGAGGAAGUUAUGGAGGAUCAAGUCCCAUGGGAGGAGGAGGGCCUUUUCAUCAUGGUCAAAUGUCUAGUCCAGGAAUGGGGAGUAUGAUGAGUGGCGGAGGUGGCAGUCCUAUGCAAGGACCAAUGACUGGAGGUGGACGUUCUAAUAAUCCGGCUAUGUCAGGACCACAUUCACCCGGCCACACAUCGAUGUUUAGUGGUUCAAGUUUUGGCUGUGUACGUCAUCAAAUUGUUUGCCCACGGUGGUGCUUAAUCGUUGAUGAAAUGGGAUGUCACUCCUGUCCGUGUGGUCCUGCUGCAGGAUUGGCGUUACCCCAAAACAAUAUGAUGUCAUCUAUCAUGUCGUCAACAACAGGAAAUUAUCAUACAGGAAGUUCAACAACCGGAAACGGAAGUGGAGAAAAGCAAUGUUUAGGACAAAUAUUAUGUAUGUCAUCAUGUAAAAAUUCCUACACUUUAGGACCUGUUGGACAUGAUGGAUGCCGUUCGUGUACUUGUGAAUCCGGGUCAGGAUACGGAUAUGGUAGUGGUACGUCCGGUGGAUAUACAGGUAGUGGAGGUUCCGGUGGUGGUCCAAGUGUUUCAGGAGGAGGAUAUACAGGAACCGGAGGAGGAUAUAAUGGUGGGGGAACAGGUGGUUCUACGUCAACUCACAAUAAUAAUCAGGUAUCAACAAACCAGGUGAAAUAUGUCGUACAGAAACAGAAGGAAUGUACUGCACUGAAACUAUGCAUACAAUCAUGUGACACCGGGUACCAGUUGGGUGCAGUCCAAACUGAUGGAUGCCGGGAAUGUUUUUGUCCUCCAAAGAAACAAUAUGUCUAUGUUCAGCCACAAGUACAACAGUAUGUAUACACAACUCAAGUACAAACCUAUAGACCAAUCGUCAACACAUUUACGUGUACCAGUUCAUUCAACUGUCAGUACGGGUGUAAUGUCGGAUACAAGUGUGGAACUGAUGGCUGUCCAAUUUGUGAAUGUAUUCAUCCGCAAGUUGUAGGCCUUCAAGUAACAGAGGUAAUCAGACCACAGGAAAUACAGUGUACUAGUUCCUUCUCUUGUCCCAGAAGUUGUACACUUGGAUACAAAUGUGGAAUAGACGGUUGUCCUACCUGUGAAUGUCUUAUUGCUGUUCAAACCCAGUUAGUUAACACAGAUUGUGUCGACUGUGAUGAUAUAGAUAGAUACAAACAACAUUAUGUCAGACCACAGAAACAAUACGUUGUCGUACAGCCUCAUACAGAAUGCACUGAUUGUGGUACCCAAGUUGUAUAUCAGAAACCUCAACAACAAGUCAUUUACGUACAAAAACCACAACCGCAGACUGAAUGUACGAAUUGUGGUACUCAAAUUGUAUAUCAAAAACCAAAGCCACAGGCCGUGUACGUUCAGAAACCACAAUCACAGACAGAAUGUACAAAUUGUGGUACCCAAGUUGAGUAUCAGAAACCAAAGCCACAAGUCGUGUACAUACAGAAACCACAACCACAAGAAGUGGUCUAUAUAACACAGACUCAAACAGAGACAUGCCACGGGUGUGAGACAAAACCACAAGUUGUGUACAACAGACCAAAGCCACAACAACAAAUAGUUUACAUUACUAAACCAAAGCUACAGCCACAGAAAGUUUACCUUACACAGACACAAACAACUUGUAAUAAUUGUGGAGAAAAACAACCACAAAAGAGUUUAAUUGUCGGACAUCUUGUAUCCAGUGGUGGAACAACUGGAGGGAGUGGCUAUUCCAGUGGUGGUAGUAGCUCAUAUUCAGGUGGUGGUAGCUCAUAUUCUGGUGGCAGAGGGUCAUAUUCUGGAGGAGGUGGAUCAUUCUCCGGCGGAGUUGCAGCGAUGACGGGUGGUGGAUCUACGGGAAGAAUGAAUUCAGCCAAUUGUCCACCAAUGCCUCACGACUGUGAACCAUCGUGUAUAAAAUAUGACGAACCACAUUGUCGGAGAUGUGAAUGCGAGCAACCCUACCCACAGUUUUCUGGCUUGAUGACAGGAAAAUAAAGACAUGAAAAAUAUGGAAUAUACCCUGACACAUAACACGUUGAAGAACAGAAAAUUGUUAAUGAUAAAAUCUAUAUUAUCAAGUAUUAUUUUACUUCAUCAGAAAAAUAUCAUACGACGAGAAACGACAAAUAUAGAUAAUCGUUCGUUGUGUCAAUAAGAUUGAUUUCCUCGCUUGAUAAUGAUAAUCUGUUUAUCGCAAUUUGACUUUGAAGACGUUAUUAAUUUCAUCGACAACAGCAUGUGUUCCCUAAGUUUCUAGCAAUUUUUUUUCAUAUCACUCUCUUUCGCUGCGAAAGGAAAUUUUCAGUCAUAAAGAUCAAAAUUAAAGUUCGUAAAAUAGCGAUAAUCAUUGUUAUUGUGUCUAGUACGUAGAUAACUUAAUUUGCAUGCGUUUUUCAUGUAUUUAAUUUUCAAAUUUCGACAAUAUCUGUGAUAACGUAUUACUAUUUAUUUACUGUAUUCAUCUUUGAAACUUAAAACUACAUCCUUAAAGAAAACAUUCCGUU